AUGGAAGGGUGCGACUAUGAAGUUUUCUUGAGUUUCAGAGGACCGGACACACGCACGGGCUUCACUGAUCAUCUCUAUACCCGUCUCACAGAUGCAGGAGUCGGUACAUACAGAGACGAUGAAGAUCUCCGCAUCGGUGAAGAGAUCGGCCCAGAUUUGCUUGGAGCGAUUGAGCAAUCGAAGAUCUCCAUACCCAUCUUCUCUAAAAAUUAUGCUUCAAGUAAAUGGUGUCUGAAGGAGUUGACCAAGAUGGUGGAGUGUCGGAAAAGGAAUGGACAGGUAAUCAUGCCCAUUUUCUACUAUGUCAAACCAUCCGAGGUUCGAUACCAAACCGGAGAUUAUGGUGAGGCGUUGCUUGAGCACGAAAACAAGAAGCGAGAGGGUGAUGAGACCAUCCACAAAUGGAGAGCUGCUCUCAAUGAGGUUGGGGGGUUAAAGGGAUGGAACGUAGAAAACGUGGCUAACAGGCACGAAGGACAACUAGUUAAACAAGUCGUUACUAGCAUUUUAAAUGAGCUGAAGAAGGCCUAUUUGGUGGUUAGUGACUUCUUGGUUGGCGUUGAGGACACUGUGAAAGAAGUUCUGGGGAUGAUAGGCACUGAUACUGAUGAUGCAAAGAUCGUGGGAAUCCACGGAAUGGGGGGCAUCGGAAAAACUACUCUUGCCAAAGUAGUCUACAACAAGCUUUCUCGAGACGUUGCUGAUUGUUGUUUCCUUGCUGAUGUUAGAGAAACUUCACAUUCAAAAGGAAUUGUGUGGUUGCAAACUCAACUAAUCUCAAACCUCUCACAACAAGCAUAUACAAGAAUCAUCAACAUGGAUGAGGGAAUAAAGACAAUAGAAGAUAGAUUUUCAAGGAAGAAAGUUCUUAUUCUUCUUGAUGAUGUUGAUGAAAAGAGUCAAUUAACUGCACUUUUGGGGAGGCGAGGUUGCUUUGGUCCAGGAAGUAGGAUACUUGUAACAACAAGAAAUGCAAAUAUUCUGCGUGCAUUUGGAGUAAAGUUGACUUAUUCAGUUGGUGUUUUGGAUCCCAAAAGAUCCCUACAGCUAUUCAGCAAGCAUGUUUUCAGAAAAGAUCACCCCCCAAUUGAGAAAAUGGAACAAUCUAGAGAAAUUGUGAAGAUAGCCCAAGGUCUUCCAUUGAUCCUGGAGGUUAUGGGUUCAACUUUAUUAACAUGUGGACAAACAAAAGAAAUGUGGGAUGAUUACUUGGUAAAGUGGAAAAAAGGUCACAUUGAGAGUUUUAGAAGUAAGUUGAUGAUUAGUUAUGAAGCAUUAGAUCCUAGUCAGAGACAAAUAUUUCUUGAUAUAGCUUGUCUUUUUGAUGGAUAUGAUAAAAGUUUAGCAAUAUACAUGUGGAGAGACAGUGGUUUAUGCCCAACAGAAGGUCUUGAAGUUCUUCAGUUGAUGUCAUUGAUUAAAAUCGGAGAAGAUAAUAAGCUGUGGAUGCACGAUCAGCUCAAAGAUCUCGGUAGAGAAGUAGUUUCUCAAGAAAGUGGUGGCAAAUUACAUAAGCAAAGUAGGGUGUGGAAUGAUGACGACAUAUUGAAGAUGCUACUGAGAGAGAAGGUAAAUCCUAGAUCCAAUUUUCUUUGUAUAUGA